CAUUCUUAUUAAUGGUCUAAGUCUUUGCCAGAUGAGUAACGGUUAGCGAGACAAGUCCUAUUAUUAAUGGUCUAAGCGUUUAGGCCUAGUUCGUUCGGACUACUUUAGUAUUUUAGUCGAGUACGGACGGUUUUUGAGCGGUAAAUCCAAGAGAAAAAUAAUAUUGUCUAAUUGACAAAUGACAAUCAACCUUUCUGUCAUUUCAUUUUCAAUAUUUUGUUUGAAGUUUUCCUCGAUUUUCCUGCACAUUUAAAUUUUUAAUUUUUGCAUUACAUUUUACAAUUACAAAUUACAAAACAUUAUCUAAAAUCACAAUAACUUUUCAUUUUCGGAUUAAGGUUUCCACCAUAAUAUUUAUUUGAUACACAAACAUGAACAUUUUUAUUUAGGAUAAUAGAAAUAAAACAUGAAUAUGGAAAAUGUUAUUAAUUACAAGAAGGCCUCGGAAUAUUGGGCUGAGAUACCAGCUACACUGGACGGAGUUCUAGGAGGGUUUGGAUUUAUAUCAGAUAUUGAUAUAGAUGGUUCAAAAUUAUUUCUUCAAUCAUUAUUAUCAUCAAACAAUGCUCCAGCAACAGGAACUGCUCUCGAUUGCGGUGCUGGCAUAGGCAGAAUAACAAAGUACCUCCUGGCACCAACUUUUGACACUGUAGAUGCUAUUGAACCUGAUGGAAAAUUUAUUGAAACAAUAAUGAAUUUUGUUGGGGAAUAUAAAGUUAAAAUAGAUAAACUAUAUCAAACAAGUCUACAAAUGUUUGUACCAGAGAAAAAGUAUGAUGUUAUUUGGAACCAAUGGGUACUAGGUUACUUGAAGGAUAAAGAUUUGGUUUCAUAUCUUCUUUGUUGCAGAAAUGCAUUAUCACAAAAUGGGGUUUUGAUUGUCAAAGAAAAUGUCACUUCAUCAGGUAAAAUAGAGGAAGAUGAAACAGAUUCAUCAAUUACAAGGCCAUUAAAGAAAUACCUACAGAUAUUUAAACAAGCCAAACUUAAAAGAAUAAAGCAGUGCAAACAAACAAACUUUCCGACAGGAAUAUAUCCAGUUUACAUGUUUGCGCUCAUUCCUACUGACAGCAAUAUUGAAACUAUACAAACUGAAGACACAAAUGGACAACAAAAUAGGUAGGAAGGUUCAAAUAUAAAAAUUAAUAAAGAAAAUCAUUUAUACUAAA